UCAUGGGAGCUUCCAAGAAAUGGGCCACGUGGGCAGCGUUGAGCUGUUUAGUGCUUUCCGUCUCUGGCGGAUAUCUUAGUCUCGGAGGAGGCGGCGGCGGCUACGGCGGUGGCGGCGGAGGAGGAUACGGUAGCGGAGGUGGAGGAGGAUAUGGCGGAGGUGGUGGAGGAGGAUAUGGAGGUGGAGGUGGCGGAGGAUAUGGAGGCGGUGGAGGAAAAGGUGGUGGUGGAGAUACCAUCUUCAUAGCCGUCCCAAUUCAAUCCGGUGGAGGACACGGAGGCGGUGGCGGUGGAUACGGAGGAGGUGGUGGUGGAUACGGAGGAGGUGGCGGUGGCUACGGAGGUGGCGGCGGUGGAUACGGAGGUGGAGGCGGAGGCGGAAAAGGAGGAUUUGGAGGCCUCGGCGGUGGAUAUGGCGGCGGAAAGGGAGGCGGAGGAGGCGGAUAUGGCGGUGGAGGAAAAGGAGGCGGAGGAGGAGGGUACUCUUUCGCCAGUUUAGGAGGCGGAGGAUAUGGCAGUGGAGGAGGUGGAUACGGUGGAGGUGGAAAAGGAGGAUCCGGAGGCCUCGGAGGUGGAUAUGGAGGCGGCGGAGGAGGAGGUUAUGGCGGCGGUGGAUCCGGAGGAUAUGGCGGCGGAGGAGGAAAAGGAGGCAAUGGAGGAGUUGCCAUCGUCGGAAUUAGUUUGACCAGUCUUGGAGGAGGCCACGGCGGUAGCGGCGGUGGUGGCGGAUACGGAGGUGGAUCCAGCGGAGGAUAUGGCGGAAGUUCUGGUGGUGGAUAUGGCAGUGGCGGAGGAGGAUAUGGCGGUGGCGGAGGAGGAUAUGGCAGCGGUGGAGGAGGAUAUGGCGGCGGUGGAAAAGGAGGCGGAGGAGGAGGUAGCAGUGGCUACUAAGGGAAAUGUUAAACUGAAAGAGUGAAGAAUUAAAUCAUCUCCGUCCUAGAAAUCCAAAGGCAUUAUCAGCUGUGAUGUGUUUGUUCCUUCGAAAUAGCCUUUCCCCAUUGCACAUCAUAGAACAUUUGAUUUUCCAAUCACGUUUGGUCCCGCCGAACGACAUUUGGAGAAUUAAAAAAAAGAGUGGAAGAAAAGAAAAAAUAACCAAGAGAUUCACAAAAUGUAAGAUAAACAUUCUUAACAGAAUCCUUGACUGCGCUCAGAAAAGAGGA